CUGACCAUAUUUUUCAACAAGAUCAGAAGUGAACACAGGAGAAUGCACAGUAACUGUCGGCAGAGCGGGAGGAACCAGAAUUUCUCCAAAGAAAUUCCUCCUCAAACUGACUUUCCAGCGGGGUGUUCCAUGGAGAACGAGCCUGGAAUUGUGUCGCCAUUUAAACGAGUAUUCCUAAAAGGUGAAAAGAGUAGAGAUAAGAAAGCCCAUGAGAAGGUGACAGAGAGGCGCCCUCUGCACACUGUGGUGCUGUCCCUGCCUGAGCGCGUCGAGCCCGACAGACUGCUGAGCGACUAUAUCGAGAAGGAGGUGAAGUACUUAGGUCAGUUAACGUCCAUACCAGGAUACCUGAAUCCCUCCAGUAGGACCGAAAUACUGCAUUUCAUAGACAAUGCAAAGAGAGCCCACCAGCUCCCCGGACACUUGACCCAGGAGCAUGAUGCUGUGAUCAGCCUGUCUGCCUACAACGUCAAGCUGGCCUGGCGGGACGGGGAGGACACCAUUCUCAGGGUCCCCAUCCAUGACAUUGCUGCCGUGUCCUAUGUGCGGGAUGAUGCCUCACACCUGGUGGUCCUAAAGACAGCCCAGGACCCCGGCAUCUCCCCCAGCCAGAGUCUGUGUGCGGAAAGUUCCAGAGGCCUCACCGCAGGCUCCCUGUCAGAGAGUGGAGUGGGACCCGUGGAAGCGUGCUGCCUGGUGAUCCUGGCUGCAGAGAGCAAGGUCGCCGCCGAAGAGCUGUGCUCCCUGCUGGGCCAAGUCUUCCAGAUUGUGUACACGGAGUCCACCAUCGACUUUCUGGACAGAGCCAUAUUUGAUGGAGCCUCAACACCCACCCACCACCUGUCCCUUCACAGUGAUGACUCUUCCACCAAGGUGGACAUGAAGGAGUCUUAUGAGACAGAAGCCAGCACUUUCUCCUUCCCUGAGUGUGCGCACGCAGGCGGCGUCUCGCCCUUGUCCUUCUGCAUGCAGACGGCACCCCAUGCCAAGACGGUGAGCGAGAGCGAGCUGAGCGCCACGGCCGCCGAGCUGCUGCAGGACUACAUGCUCACGCUGCGCACCAAGCUGUCCUCGCAGGAGAUCCAGCAGUUCGCUGCACUGCUUCACGAAUACCGCGACGGGGCCUCGGUGCAUGAGUUCUGCAUCAACCUGCGGCAGCUCUACGGGGACAGCCGCAAGUUCCUGCUGCUGGGUCUGCGGCCCUUCAUCCCUGAGAAGGACAGCCAGCACUUCGAGAAUUUCCUGGAGACCAUCGGGGUGAAGGAUGGCCGAGGUAUCAUCACGGACAGCUUUGGCAGGUACCGGCGGGCCAUGAGCUCCACCUCCACCUCCAACGGGAACAGGGCCGCAGGCAGCUCUGAUGACCAGUCUGUGCCCUCAGAGGGGGACGAGUGGGACCGCAUGAUCUCAGACAUCAGCAACGACAUCGAGGCACUGGGCUGCAGCAUGGACCAGGACUCUGCCUGACGACGCCGGGAGGGACCCCGCGCAUAUGCCCUUCCUGUGCCGGGGCUGGGGCCGGCCGAAGGGCCCCAGGCACAGGUGGCCCUUUACUGUGAAGAACGUGCCCCAGUGAGGGGGCAGAAGGCUGCACCCUGCCGCCUGCCUGCGGCCCCACUUUGGGAGGGGCUCCCUCGGCCAGACCUCGGACAGCUGUCGAUUUUGCACAUGACGUUUCUAUUGAAAUUCCCAGAGACCUUAAAAGAAGUUUACUGCAAUGUGAAUAACUUA